AUGUUUGUGUCGUCAUCAAAUGAGGCUUUUUAUAUUAUAAAACAAAUCAAACAUGAAUUAUGGAAUUAUCACAAAUAUCCUAAAAGUGAAUUGGAUCACAUUCUACCAAUCAGAAGCCCGAUCUUAAAUAAUUUCGAAUCAAAAUUACUUAAUCGAGAUCAGAUCAAUAAAUUUAAAAAAUUCAUCUACAAAAAUGACGAUUUCAGUCAAUUACUUCCAAAUAAUUUUAACAAGGAUACCUCACGACUAAAAUUCAAUCUUAGAUUGUUGAUACGAGGUAGUCGAGACGGACUUUCACCAAAGAAAUUUCAUCAAUUAUGUGAUAAUAAAGGUCCGAAUAUAGUAAUCAUGAAAGUAAAAAAAAGUCAACAAAUAAUUGGUGGUUAUAAUCCUGUAGGUUGGUUUGGUAAAGGCAUUAAAUGGAGAUAUACAAAGAAAGGUUUUUUGUUUAGUUUUGGCACUCCAGAGAAACAAGAAUUCCUCAUUAGUCGACCCAAGCAACGCUCAUCACACUAUACAAUUUAUGAUGAUCCAAAUGCAGGUCCAAGUUUUGGCAUAAAUGAUCUUCGAUUCUAUAAACAAUUUAAUAGCGAGAGUAAUAAUUGUUGUGCAAUACCUACCGUCUUUGAGACAAAGAUUAUCAACGAGACUGAAUUUGUGGUUGAAGAUUAUGAAGUUUAUCAAAUUUAUUUGGAUUCCGAUUUGAAAAACCUAGGUACUUAA